UAUGAUGGUGAUGAUCGUCGGGUGCACGACACUUGUCACCGAGACAGAAGCGAAGCCGUCGUCGUUCGAGGAUUGUUACAAAAAUUGUAUGGGUGGAUGCAUAAAAAGGCAGCCCUUUUCGUUCUUCAAGUGUCCGAAAAUUUGCGCAUUGGAGUGCAAGAAUCACGAGAAUGCUCCGAGUCCUUCUUCUCCUUCUCCUUCUUCAGCCAUUCAUGCAGAUGACGAUCAAUCUUCCGCGCUGAAAUGCGAGAUCGAUUGUGUUACUUCUCGUUGCGCCGGCCUCACCAAGAAACCAAACCCUAAUGACGAUGAGAUUGAGGCCUGCUUUCAUUCCUGCUUUUCCACAUGCAAAAAGAAUUGAUGCGACGAUAGUAUUUACAUG